GUUGCUCAGUUUCCUACAAUCGAUAGGAACGUUUGAAGGACGUCUAGAGUACAUACUGCUUUUUACAGUUGCGCCAACUAAUCGAACGUCGCCAUUGAUAUCGCUAGUUUUGAAUAUUCUUCCGCUUUUACCGGAUAUAGAGUACCGACGACUCUAGUAAAUCCAGGAACACUGGAUGCUGCCGGGUGUUUGUUUUUGAGAGCGACGUUUUAUCGACCCCGCUUUUUCAAAUAAAGGGCCACCUUCCCACAGAAUCGCAUAACUCUAAUAUGACAAAGAAUGCCGAGGAAUAAAUGUGAAUCAAAAUGCAACGCUUAAUUGGUCGGCCAUUUUCCUUCACUACCUUCUUUGGACGAAUGUAUUACUCUUAUAAUUUAUGUUAGAAAUAUAGAUAAUUCCGAUUUUGAAUUGAAAAGUUGUCUGUUCAAUAAAUUCAUUGGCUAAUUGAAAUAACUUUGUCGAUUGUAUUUUCGACGACCUCGUGACUAUAUGGACUGAUCAAAACUGAUUCAUUUGAAUUCGACAAUUCCCGCCAUUCAAAAAUUCGGUGAUAGCGCUAUAUUUGCAUUUUCGUAUCGAGAGACAGAUAGUCCCGUGUACGGGUGAAAUCCAUCGACACUUGUUUGCUAAAAAAAAAUCAAUACUCAAUAAUUAGUAAUUAAUAUAUGCCGUAUCAUGUAAAGAGAAAACUAUUAGGGAUGUGUGUGUUGCAGUCGCACUCUGAAGCAAUAUCAAAUUCGAAUCAUAUUUAUAUUGAAAAAAUCGUUGACCGAAGAUUUGUACAAAUUUUCAGUCAACGCAAGAUUGUGUCCUCCUAUUCGUCAAAACCAAUUAUGAGCUAUAUCUAAAUUCCAUCCGUAUUUGACAUAUCGAGAAAAAGAAAGUAAUUUUCUCGACAAACAAAUGAUUCCUCGCGAUGUAGCGUGCAAAAUGCACACAAAAUUUUAGUUUUCAGAUUUGAAAUACUUAUCAUAAAUAUUUUAUAUUACUAUAAAAUUUGAAAAACUACUUCACCCAAUGCUUGAUAUACAUAGGCCAGAAGUACAUUUCAAGAAAAAAAUGUUUUCAGAGCAAUUUUAAAUUUCCAAUAUAAGAGAGUGAUAAUUUUACAUGUAACAAAAAUAAAACCGUAUGAAUUGGAAAAUUCGGUGUCAUGAGAUUCAGCAUCUGCAUAGAUUUAUAGUUGACAAUGUUGAGGUCACAGCAUUGCGGUUUCGUCUCGUUGUUAUACAGCGUUGGAGAUAAGCCAUUGAAUUUGUGGUCGAAACAUAUUUCUCUCGAUGGAAGAAUAAGACGAGUCGAAGACCAGAUGCUGAGAGGCGAUAAGGUAAUUGAAAUAAUGGGACCCCAUCAAACUUCCAUACCCACCAACAUAACUUGCCCUGCAAACCCAAUGGACGUCUUAAACAUAAAGUUACCCAUUCUAGUCCUUGUUGUUAAAAACUUGGAACUCAUAUUCAAACUUGAAUUUCAGGUGAUCGACAAACUAAGGCAUCGUCGACAAUUUUCCCUUGCCACUCACAACCACGAAAAGAUCCCGCUAGCCUAUCCAAACGCAGCUCAUAUACCAUUAAAGUUAGAUGAGAGUUGGAACAAUCUCGAAAUAAAUCUACAACACUUAUGUAACGAGGUCUAUAGGUCUGACUAUCAAGCUAUGCAAAGAAUAAUUAUCUACUCAAAUUGUCGACUCAGGAGAGUAUAUUUUCAAGAUAGACAUUACGAGCAGGAUGAAACGCCAAUCCAACUAUGCCAGGCAUUUUUUGACAUGUAUAUGUUGAAAUGGGGGAUUCAUUUAGUCGAAAGAAGUUGUCAAACAGAGGACAUGUAUACAGGUCUACUACAACCAUGCGACUUAGAAUACAUUGCGACUGAGAGUAAUAUGUCAGUAAGUCUGAUGACAACAAGCCUUCCCUUCAAUAAGGACCUACAAAAAAAUGAAAUCAAACAAAUUGUGGAGAAAAAUAUUGCUUACUCUAUGACCCUAGAUGAUGGUAGAAAUAAAUUACUGAAGAACAAUUCUAAAUCUGUAAAUCGAUUAGGUUUGCAAACAGGAUUAUCUGAUCAGUUCAACGUUAAAACAUUAAACGAGAAGCGUAGUCCUAGUGUUAGUAAUUACAAUGUCAACAUUCUACACCUAACGCAAGAUCAGGACAGAAGAACUCUUGAAGCAUCUGAGAAAAAAAGAUCAGAUUGUCAAAGCAAAAAAGAUAAAGAACAAAGCAAAGAUAAGUUAACAAGUCAAAAUAGUGAAGCAAAGUCUUUGAGCUUUACAGAGAAAAAAGUAACUCUGAAAUCUUUUCCCCACAUAGAUAAAAGUCAAUAUUUGAAAAAACAGAUGGGUGAAAAUUUCAUGACUUCAAAUCAAAAAGAAAUUGAUCAGAGUCGAAGUAACACAAUAGAAAGUGAAACGCGCCAUAAAGUAAAUGAAGUGUUCAAUUCAAAGAACAGUGACACAAAACCUGCUCUGCGUUCUGGUUCGAACUAUUCGGUUCCAAAUUUUUCAUCAUUGGAGCACAAAUGCAUCAAGAAGCCCACAAAUGGCACCGUACAGAACUCGAAAGGGCAAAUCGAUCCAAGCAUACAUAAAAUAAAGCCUGAUUCAAACAAUUCAAGCAAUUCAACAAAAAUUGUAUGUCAUCAGGGUGAUGGGCUGUUAAGUCACAGUUUUAAAGCUAUAGAAGAAGUCAUCUGUGAAGUGCAGAAGAUCAAACAACAACUGAAUAAUUGUGAUCUGGGAAAAAGAAUAUCUUAUGAAAGGAACGAAGUAAGAUCUGAAUAUUCAUCAUACAAUGUGCCUUCUAUAGUCGAGAUACAAGCAACUCCAUCAGAAAUGGGAGCAAAUAAGACAGUACUUUCAACCGACGAAGCUGUAUGUGACUUUUUGGAACUUCGCCACGCAGUGAACAAAAAAAUUCUAGAUAAACUGAAAGAUAAAGGGCUAACUUUGACAGAAGUUGAAUUGUCGAUAUAUAAUUCUAAAAAUCGAAGAAAUUGUUAUGGUCAGGGAAAACUUAUAGAAAGUGGAAAAGGUUGCACCAACAAAGGAAGUGGUGCUAGGGCUAUUGAAACAUUAAAAAUGGACUCAUCGCUGGAGAAAGAAAGGUUGACUUUGAACGAUGAAAUAUGCACACAGCUGAGAAACGAGUUAGAUACUGCAUUGAUGCAAUUAAAAUCAACGCAGGUUCGUCCUACAAAAAAAUUCAUCAAAGAUACAAUAACGGCUACAGUGAAAAAUAAUUCUCAUCGAUCAAAUUCAAAUUUCUUCACUGUUAAAGAGGCUCGAAAUAUAAAGAAUAAAGUGCAUAAUGAGAAUACACUAAAAUGUGAUGCAGAGGUGACACCUCGAACUGAAUUUGUUGAGGAUAAUAAACAUCAGACUGCUUUCAUUAGAAACUUAGAUCAAUAUCCUGAUUCAGAAAUAAUCAAUACCUUGUUCCAACGGCGGGUGUAUAACUCUGGGGUUGAAAACCGAAGUUUUUAAAUAAAACUCCUUCAUGAUGAA